UUUUCAUUAAUAAUAAAUCAUUAAAAUUUAAAACAGCACCUUAGGUUACAAUUUACGUAUUUUAAUAUUAUAAAAGCUGGAUUUUCUUUGAAAAUAGAGACUUUACUUGAUUCUGCCGAAUAACGACUAUGUUAUUCCAGAUGUCCAGGCCAGGAACAAAUUUGAAAUUGAUCUAGAUUCAGAUUAGAAUUAAUAUUAAAUUCAUAUAAUAUAGAUCAUCUAGUAGAUCUAGAAUCUAGCAUCUGUAGUACUAGAGUCUAGUAGUAGUACUACUCUACUUAGUUAGUACUAGCCUAGUCACUGACUGAGUACUAGAAUCUAGAUCUAGUAUGUUUCAUGUCAGUAUGAUACAAGUUACAACCUAGACUCUAGUUCUAUAUAAAUAAUAUAAUGGUCAAGAAGCACAAACUGAUUUCGAAACCUAGUCUUAUACCUACCUAGUCGAGACAAGAAGUAAGCGAUAAGACCUUGCAAUCUAUAGGGUAGAUGUUUUAAGGUCAUCUGUUUCUGCGGCCCACGGUUAAUGAGGAUGUCAUGUGGCCAGCACAAUUACCAACCUCAACAAUGCCAGCCUAGAGUUCCAAGCAUUUGCUUCCAGACAGUUUAGAUUUAGAUCUAAAUAAAAUGGAGAGACUUCUCUUCAUAAGCAGAUUUCAACAAGAAAUUGAAAUAAAGAAGUUAAAAGAACUUGCAGAUAAAUAUUUUGAAGGCAAUGAAGUACUAAUGAAUUGGAGAGACCCCUACAAUAAAUCAAGAAUUGUGCUAAAGUUUCAGGAACCUUUAGACCUAGAAGCAUCAAUAAAAAUCCAUUAUGAAGCUUUGAGAAAUGAAAGUUUAGUUUUCUGUGUUGAGAAACCAACCCCAUACCUUUUUAUCCAGUCAUAUAGUGCCAGCAUUUUUGGUCUGAUUGACAAGCUCACACUUUUAUUCAUGAAAAGGUUGAGAACAACUAUAGUUCGCAAAAUUCCAUUAGAAGACAGCUGCUUUAAAUUUGAAUUCAAAGAUGGCUGGGAUGUAGUACUGAAAGCAUGUGAAAAACAAUGGAAAGUAAAUGAAACAGAAAUAUCAGUCUGCCCUUUUUUUGAAAGUUUUCAAGAGCCUUAUGAUCAUCAGUGGCACAGGCUUGAAUUGGAAAUGAUCAAUUUAAGUGAACCCUUGAUGAAAAGAUCAACUUCCAGUGAUACUAAAUUGGAGGAAGGAGCAAGCAUUGAAAAAGAUGUUACCUUACAAAAUACAAAUGUAUUCAUUUUCUUUACAAAUUGUUUGAUAUCUGAAAUCCUUGUUAGAUUGAAUAUCAAAGGGGCUUUAGAUCAUAACUGUCAACUUAUUAAUAUCAAUGAAAAAGGAGCAGAAAUUUUUGGUCCAAAAACUGCAGUUAGAAACAUUUGUAAAGUCAUUGAAGAUGAGGAUAAACAGAUUAAUUUAAAAGAUGAGGAAAACAAAUUUUUGAGCCAAACAACAGUCCAAGAUGAGAUUGAAAAGCAAAACCAUCAAAUAAAAUUUUGUGAAUCUAGCAUGCUUGUGGAAAAGGGGUCUCAGUGUACAGAAAGAUUUGCAGACUAUGUGAACAAUUUAGUCAUCACAAAAAUGUUUGAUUGUGGAGAAAUAGAUCACGAACUCAUUAAUUACAGAGAUUCCUUUAAUAAAGAGCAUUCCUUUUGUCAAAUUGUAUUUCUGGAAGGAAAAUUAAUCUUUAUGUGUUUAAAUUAUCAUUCAAGUGAUGUAGACAUUUUGGAUUACCAAAUAAAAGAGAUAUUGAAAAAUCCUUUAGUUAAGGACACUACAAAUCAACCUGAUGAAAAAGUCAUCCGUCAUAAAUCAACAGAAAAAAUGGUUGAUGAGAUUUUGAUAUUAGAAUAUUCAAUUAAUACAUACCAGUAUGAAUAUUGCACAAUGUUUAUGCAAGAAUUGAAAAAAGGAAAAGAUGUGACAGAUAUAAAAUUACUACCUAAUAAGUUAAUAGUCAGUUUUAAACCCUUCACCUCCGAUUAUUCCAUAACAAGCUUUCAAAAGUACCUUGAUAGUAUUCAGCAUCAAGAGAAAAUAUUAGAAUAUCAAGGCUUAUCACAAUUUGCCAAAUUGAAUCAAGGUAGAGAAAUCAUUUCUGAAAUAUCCAAAUCAACCCAAUGUUGCAUACUUGUUUCUGAUAAAUUAAAUCUGUUAAGAGAAGCAGAGGUAAUAGAAACAGAAGACUAUGAUUACAAAGCUAUUCUUUUGUUUACUGCCCAUUGUGGAAGCUUAAAAAUACAUCUACUGCAAGGUCAUAUUGAGGAUAUCAAGACACAAAUGUCAGUAGGAAUACUUCCUGCUCAAAAUGGUGAGAUAAGUCUCAAAAGAUCUAUUUCACAGCAUUACAAUCUUUUAUUGCCUGCUUGGUCUUUGAGAGAGGAGGAUCCUGAUUUUCUGGAUAAGCUAAGAAGCAGUUUUCAAAAAAGUGUUAAUAUUAUUUUUAAGCAAGCUGUACACUUGGGAUAUUCUAACAUUGCACUAUCACUGGAAAACAUACAUGAUGAUCGUUGCUCAUUUCCUCUUGAUUUAGUAGCCAAAACAAUAUAUGAACAAUUGUUUGAAGCACUUUACAGCGACAUGGGAGCUACAAGCACUGGACAGGAGUUAGAUGUUUACAUUUGUGACUCUGACCAUGAGUCUGUGUUUAAUGCAUUUAAAUAUUACAUAAAAAAUUUUAGUUACCAGUUUGGACUACCCGAUCAAGAAAAAUGGGAUCAAAUAAGCCUUAAAAAUACUUCAAAGUAUGUUGAAUAUUCAUCCAAUAUGGUGCAAAUUACAUCAACCACCCCAUCUUGGGUACCGGUCUUUCAAAAUAAUUUAUUUUGCUAUCCUAUAUUACCAACUCUGGAACUAUUCACUAGCCCAAUAGUAAGUCAAUCUGAUGUUUCUCACGACCAUUUAAAGAGAGAGAUUCAAAACUUUGAAGAUAGCAAUCCUGAUGGCAUACCAGAGAAUGGGUACUUUCCAGUAAGAUACUUGCCUUAUAAAGAUGUUAUUAUUUAUUGCUGUCCUGACUGGGGUCCCAAUGCAGAUGAGGCUAUUUAUAGGUCACUGAAAAUAUGCUUGUAUGUAGCUACCAACAAAUCAGCUGUUUACAUUGUGCCUCCUGGCAUGGAAAGAACAUCAAAGUAUCCUGCUAAAUACCUGGCACAAGCAAUGUUCAAAGCAUUAGACAAGCUUUACAACAAAAUUUCUAAACGCCUAAAAAUAGUUUUUGUGGUUGAUAAGAAGGAGUAUGAAAAGGCAUUUAAUGAUGAAUUGAAAAAACGUACACCUUCAACUGCUAAAAGUUACACCCAACGCUUGAGUAGUAGUGUCCAAUCAAUAUGGAAAUAUUUUGGUCAAGACAAAAAAACAGAAUUAAAAGGCCAAAUGCCAUUGAUUGAAAAAACUCCAGUAGUUUUUGUGUCUGUAUGUGCCUCAAAGAUAUCAAAUGGGUAUUACAAAUUUCAAGCCAAGCUUAAUGAACUGUUGUCUAGAAAUGAAUUUGAAAUUGAACUUAUUGGUGAUGAGAUCAAUUCUUUUGAGCAACUGAUUAGUUAUGAGUAUCUUCAUCCUGUUAUUUGGAGCACAGAAAAACAUGACAAACCUCAAGUAGUAAAACUUCAUGUACACGCACUUUACAUGAAUUGGGUAAUGGAAUUUGAGAAACAAAUUAAAAGCCAUUCAAGAAAAACUAGCCAUGUUGGCUCAUCAGUUGACUUGAGUUCCAGACCUGAUCAGAAAAAAAAACUAAAUCAGGAAACAAACAAAGAUAAAAAGUCUAAAAGCCAAUCAUUUAAAGAUAAAAAGUCAAAACCUAAAGAGGACUAUCCUUCAUUAGCACCAAAAGAAGCUUGCAAGAACAACCAAAAGAAAGAAGAGCAAACUAAAAAGAAAAGCACUAAAAAAACUAAAAAUCCACAAACGAAAGCUAAAUUUACAUGGAAGUAUGAAAAUGAAAAAAUGCAUAGCUUUGAGGAUUUUGAGAAGCCAAUUGUUGACAAACUGGAAAAGUACUUUGCAAUGGAUACAACACCCCAGAAGGUCUUAGAAGGUCAAAUUUUCCAUCAAUAUAAAAGUGUUGACUUUUUGAAAAUGAAGCUCAUUGAAAAAAAAGAGGAUGCUCCCACAACAAUAAUAAGAUGUGAAAUUCUUAAAGAAAAUAACAAUAUUCUUUUUCCUAAUGAUUGGCAAGUUACAAAAAAUGAAGAAUAUAUUUUGCACCAAGUUGAUGAUAAAUUACCUGAGCUAAAAGAACCUUUGGAAGAUCUCAAAAAUGCUUUGAUGCAUAAUUUUGAAAUUAUUAGUAUUGAGCAAGUGCAGAACCUUACUCUUUUUAGAAGAUUCAAGACAAAAUGUAACUUAUUAUCAGCAGCUGAAACUAAAUUUUUAUGGUACAGAGUGCAAGAAGAAAAUGUUUCAAAGGUGUGUCAAGUUGGAUUUCAUAAAAGCUUUUCUUUUCCAAUAGAUUUUUCAGAUGUUGGAGAUGGGAUUGCCUUUACCUCUGAUGUUAAAAGCUACUUUCAAACUGAUGAUUCACAGUGUGAAGCCAAUACUUACUUCAUAUAUUCUGAAGUUCUCAUAGGUAAUGAGUACAUCAUAAAUUCUGAAGUUGUCACUGGUAAUGAGUCACAGGAAACUGGAAAAAAAUUGAUACGAUCACCACCAGUUGAUAAAAAAACUCAUCAGUUAUUUCAUUGUAUUAACAAGGAUAAAAUAUAUAUGGUUUUUAGUGAUGCACAGGCCUAUCCAUUGUUUUUAAUAAAACUGAGAAACAAAAAUAGAAAAGAGACUAAUUUCUGAAAAUACAUUAUUAUUUCAUGUCCUCUUUGCCUUGUCAUCAUUUUUCAGGUUUUUUUUUUAAAGAUGUUUAAGUUAAUAAAAUGGUUUCUUGGAAUGUUUUUAUUGAAAACUGAUUUCACUAGAAGACUUUCAAAACCAUAUGUUUGCUUUUAAAUUUCUUAUAACUUACUUUAUGCAAGUGGCACUAAUUAAUUAGGGAGUAUUGAUGAUCUUGAUAUGUGUUCACAAUGCAUAAGUAGUACACAUUUUCAGUUGAAGUUGCUUUGAAGUUUGCUGACCCCAUCUUAUGUAAGGCCACUCAAUAUUCAGUGUUUACAUUCAAUUGAUGCUAUGUGCUUCUUUAUAUGAUAUGUUUUAAAAUUUGACUUACUUAAUAACAUUUUUACAUUUUGUGUUACUUUUAAAAACUCAUUCAAAGUAUCUAUAUAACAAAGAGUAAUGUUUAAAAGUGACAUGGCUAAUUUUUUAAUGUUUCUAAAUAGGUUGCUAAAAAUGUAUAUAUGUAGUAAACUAAGUUGUUAUAUUUUACAGUAGUCCUAAACUAUGAAAUAAGUAUAUUUAAUCCAGUUCUACAGGCUACUAAAUCUUGCAUCAAGUUUUUUAACUAAAAUAUUUUUCUUACUAAGGGGUCAUCAUCUUAUUAUCAAUUAUUAUUUGAAUAUCACUGCAAGAUUAAACAGUGUUAUAAUAUAGUAUGGUCGAAUGGCAUAUAUAUUUAUAUAUAUUUGAAUGAAUUUGUAAAAAAAAAAAUGCCCACUGUAAUCCCAUUUUCAUUUUUUUAAUUACUUUCUUUUAUUAGUUAUCCUAAUGGAGGCAGUGUGCCUGCGUAGCUUUUAAAAUAAAAUAUGUAUAACCACGUUAAACUAACAGAAUCUGAAAAAUUUUCUAUUUUAAUUUGCCUGAAUUUUGUUUACAAUUUCAUGAUCCUGUUAUAUGUUCGCAAAAUCAUCUACUGUUCAUUUGUCUUAUUAUUGUAUACCUGUAUUUUGAUACACUCUUAAUAUUUUCUCAGAUGUUGAAUCUUUGAUCUUUUAUUGAGCCUUUGUUAUGGGCUAAAAUGAUACAAAAUUUUUUCAUGUUUUUUAAGCAGCAAAGAAAUUUUAAUGAAAUGGUUUAAUGGGCAUCUCUUUUAUAUUAGUGAACUUGCUCUUAUAAUAUAAUAUUAAAAUCUGAUAAUAUUGAUUAGCUACAUUGGAUAAGAUAAAAAAAAAAAAUUUCUUUACAUGCUAGUUGAGUGAAAUUUUUUAAAAGUCAUCUUUUUCAAUCUGAACU